AAAAAACCUCGCCUUACGCGUAAAAGCAGAGAAUGAGUUACCCAUUAACUGUAAACCGUGCUUGCUUCGCCUGUGUGCAUUCGUUUGGACACGCGCUGGCACACACGCACGCGUGCACAUACAAACGCGGUUCUUAAAUGUAAUUUGACAUCGGGAAUGACAGAUAAAAAAUGUAUGAUAUGUUAGUGUGUUCAAUGUAUGAACACACUAACACAAAAUCUGAGAUUACAUGCAGUGCCAUAUGUGUCAAGAGCUCCUGACACAUACUUUGUGUGUUUUUCGCUUACAUUGAUGUCCACAAUGGAAUAACAAUCCAUUCUGAAUGACUGUACAGAAAUAUGAACUAACUGCUCCUAGCAGUCACAGACACCGCAUGCGAGAAUCUCCCAUUUCUAGUCACUACGCUCAACGUCGCUUCUCGGGUCACGUGGUGCUUCCCAGACUGGACUGUGGGUGUGUCUUAAGGCAUAGGGUUUCAUUCAUAAAUACUUUUAGCAUUUAAAUCAAAAUUAAGGUGUUUGCAGAAGGCUGGUACCAUUGGUUUCUGACUAGAUCGCCCUGGAUGGACCACAUGAAUUACAAUAAGUGAGACGGUCACGCUUGCCUGGACCAUGAGCAAUGAGUCGCCAGUUCUGAAAAACCUCACCAAAAAUGCCACCGACGUCCCGCGAGGCCCCGGAGGGUCCCAGGGGGACGCCUACGUCACCCUGCUGGUGCUGCUCUGCGUGUUCGCCGCGCUCACGCUGGUCCUGCUGUCCGUCCUGCUCGUCUUCUGCCGCCACUGUUACCAGGGCAACCGCCGCUACUCCAGAGCCAGCAAUGACCCAGAGAAGACUAACACCACGUACCUGGAGGAGUCCCAGCCUGUGCCAGAGAUCACCAUCCAGGUGGAGGAGGCGGACCGCCUGUCGGCCGGCAGCGACCGCGGCGCGGAGACGGAGCGCUUCCUGUCCACCGGCUCCACGGGCCGCCGCGUCUCCUUCAACGAGUCGGCGCUCCUGGACCACGGCAGGAGGGCCCAGGAGAGGGGUCGAAGGUACACGCUGACGGAGGGGGACUUCCACCACCUGAAGAACGCGCGGCUGACCCACCUCCACCUGCCCCCCCCCGCGGUCAGGGUCCUCACCAUCCAGGAGUACAACGCGGCCGUGGGCUCCGCCCCCAAACUCAGCCUCUCCAUCUUCCAGCCCUCCGCGUGCUCGUCGCUGCCCCAAACAGCUCUGGCCGGGCUGAGCCCCAGUUCUGCCCUCCCCGGGGACACGCUCAACUCCGUGGUGAACCCCCCCACUCUGGGACCCCCCCGCUCCUGCACCAUUGAGGUGAUGGGGCACAGGACGUGGAACGGCGGCACCUCUGGAUUGGGCGGUGAUGGGACGUCGGAGGCGGGGCUGACCGCGCCCAACAGCCAGGGUAGCGUCCUGCAGUUCUUCACCAAACUGCGCCGACACUCCAGCCUGGAGGGGCCCAGCCCGUGCUUCAAAAUCAAGAAGUGGAAGUUCGACAGCAGCCAGAGGGCGUCCAGUCUGGAUACCAGAGGGUCCCCUAAGAGGCAACAGUUCCAGAGGCAGAGGGCGGCCAGUGAGAGCACCCACCAGCAGGAAGGGGAGGAGCCUGAGCAGGUGGAGCUGUCCAUCACCAGCCCUUGUGAUGAGGCGUACUGCCCCAGCCUGCCGUCUCUGCCCCCUACGUCCCCCCCACCCCCCUCCAGCAGGUUAGAGCCAGAAGCAGCAGUGGAGUCCAGCUCUGUGGAUGGGGCAGGUGCUCCCAGCCCUCCGCUCCCCAAACCGCAAGAGGAGGAUGAGGAGGAGGAGCUCGGGGCGGGGCUGGGGGCGGUGUUUCGGCAGGACAGCGCGGAGCACCAGGCCCUGUACCGGGACAUCUGGACGCUGCGCGCGUCGCUGGAGCGCUACGCCUCCUCCGACCAGAGCAGCAACAACGACCGCGACUCGGUGCGCAGCGACGCCGACAGCGUGUGCUCGCUGGGGGGCGGGGCCUCCCGGGCGGGGCUGUCCAGCUGCCCGUCCCAGGACAUCGGGGACGAGGGCGAGCCGGAGGACGAGGGGGCGGAGCUGGAGAGGGGCGGGGAUGGGGACUCGGGGAACAGGAAGCUGCUGCAGAUGGACAGCGGCUACGCCUCCAUCGAGGCGCCGCUCCGCGCCCCCGAGGAGCUGCGGCUGUUCGGGACCCGCGGGGGCGGGGCCGGCGGCGGGGCCCGGGGGAAGACUGCCUCGGAGAAGCGGCACUUCUUCACCAGCAGGGGGCGCAAGGGCAGCGUGUGCGAGGGCCCGGAGGCCCGGCUGUUCCAGGAGGACCUGGAGGACCAGGCCGCCGUGGCGGGAGCGCGGGAGGGGGAGGAGGAGGAGGAGAAGGAGGAAGAUGAGGACAGGAGCGCUGCAGGCUGGACCCCGUACGGGCAGGCCUUCCCCGCCGCGGCCGCCGCCAUCGCCGCCGCCGCGGCCGCCAAGGAGGCCCGGCCCCGCCCCCAGACCCGGCGGGACUACAGCAUCGACGAGAAGACCGACGCCCUCUUCAACGAGUUCCUGCGGCACGACCCGCGCUUCGACCAGCAGGAGUCGCCGGCGCGGCCGCGGCACCGGGCCUCCCGCGUGCACCUGCGCAAGCAGUGGCAGCGCGCCAAGCAGCACAGCGACCCCGGCGUGGGCGUGGCCUUCGCCCAGCGCGGCCCGCCCAUGCGCCGCGGCGACAGCGCCAACUUCCCGCUGGACACCCGCUACCACGGCACCCUGCCGCGCAUCGUCAGCGCCGCCGACGAGGAGGCCAGCGAGGCCGAGGCGCAGAGGGCGGAGCCUGUGGGGGGCGGGGCCAGGGCGGAGCCUGCGGGGGGCGGGGCCAGGGCAGAGCCUGCGGAGGGCGGAGCCAGGGCGAAGUCUGCGAGGGGCGGAGCCAUUGCAGGUGGGGCCAGAGCGGAGUCAGCUGAAGCCAGUGGUGCCAUGCUUGGCUCGGAUUCCAGCAAAGACGAAGCACGGGUAGGGACCAUUGAGAGUGGGGCCAUUGGGGGCGGGGCCAAGGUCAAGGAGUCUGACAUGCCCGCGGUGGAGAGUUGCCAGGACAGCACUGCUGAUGCAAUCAGGGCGGAGUCUAGAGAGGGCGGAGCUGGCGCUGUGGACACGCCCCCUGCCGAGGCUCACAGGGCAGAGGCAGAGGAGGACCGCAGCAAGGUCAGCCCCAGCGGCAGCAGCAGCAGCAGCAGCAGCAGCAACCGCACGGUCAAAGAAGGGGACUCCGCCUCCCCUCCGCCUGCCGAGCCCCCCCCGGCGCCCAGGACGGGCCACGGCCCCCAGACCGCCACCGACGAGCUGGCGGACAAGCUGGCCCGCGGCCUGGAGGACCGCCUCUACACCGGCCUUCGCCGGCCUGCAGGGGGCGCCGAGCGCGUGGUCAAAUUCACCCACACCUCCCCCGACCACAGCCCCGUGUAACGCCAUGGUCAACGAACCCCCCACCCCCCACCCCCGCCCCCAAUGCACCAGGGGAACAGGGCUAGCAGGUAAACGUACUCAGAGGGCGUCCGGGUGCACCCCGAAAAACCCCCAUCGGGGUACGGAGGGUAAGCCCAGAGGAUCAGCUGGAUAUUAGUCCAAAAAAAAUAUGUAUCCAUGUGUAUCUCAGUGGCACCAUCCUGUCAGAGGACACCAAAAAAAAGGAGGGGGGGGGGGGAUGUCCCUGAAGAACAGGAUCUCAGUGACUGUUCGCUUGAACAGGCCAAGCAUCCGCCAUCAGACACCUUCAACAGAAAGCUUUUCACUUAAUUUGUUGAUUUGCCAUGGCCAACCAAAUACUUUUUCCUGAGGGGAUCACACACACACACACACACAAACGCACACACACACACACACAUUUAAAUAACAUUCACAGGUUUUUCCAGAGAACCACCUUCUGGAGCUCCAUGAAUCCCUUUCUGUUGUUGGAGAUGGUGGCUGUUGCGGUCAAUGUGUAAUAUCCACUGUGAAACCAGGUGCUAUCCAACAUGUCCUCCCGGCUGCUGCUGUGGAGGCGUGACCUAUGACCUUCCGCCCCACCCACUGCUGAGGUUUCCAACUUUUUUGCAGGGGAAGUUUACGUAUGGGUGUGCAGCACAACUGCAAAACCAAGAGCUCCAACCAUGACUGUCAACCUAUUCAGUUAAGUCUCCUGGUUAAUGUAACAUAGUGAACAGCUAGCUGUCUGACUUUUUCCAUAUGUAUAUAUGGGGUUGGGUGGAGUGGGGAUACGCUCGUAUUUCCAGGAGGUUUCACCAGAACAGGUGUUCCACGACGGCAGAUCAUUUCACAGCGAGGUUUCCAGGAGUUCAGGUGUUCUUCCAGGAGGCUCUUGGAACUUUCGAAGACUCUGGGCUGUCUGACAUUUUUUAUUUUUUUUCUCCUUCAACCCCCAAGGUCGUCGCUAGUGCGAUACUACAGCACGUUGUCCUAAGCACAAGGUCAGAAAAGCACAGAGCAGGCAGGCCUCGCCCGAGGCCUACAGACCUGCCACCAAAGACUCCUACCUGGAGUCUUUUCAUUACUUGUCCCCGUGUCCCGUGUACAGGGACACAUCUCGGGGUUCUUCGUACUUCGAUCAGCUCUUGCCACACUUGCUGCACUCCAGCUACAUUUGGAAUGUCAGAAGUAGCAAAGGAGCUGGGAGGAGGUGUUACUGCCCCCAAGUGGACUGGAGGCUCCAUGACACAUCUUUUUUUUUUUGAUGAAGGCGGGGACAUCCACCUCUGAUUGAGCCCCGAUUGGGCGGUCAUCUGUCGAUCACCAUGAGUCUGCCGGUUCAUUGGCUGACUGACUGCCAUACCACGCGCAGAACCAAUCCCUGCUAGGCUGAUCGCAUCCACACCCACGCCUUUCAGACCCAAUAGAAUCUAGAAUUGUAGAAUCUAGAAUCAAUGAGAAUGUAGGUGCAUCUUAGCAAUAGAGAAGCAUUACACACAUAUGCUUUGGAACCAUACAACAUGCUACCCAAUCUGCAAUCGAGCAUAUUUAAACAAAAAAAAAAAGAAUGUGUAAAAAUUAAUUUUGAUUAAUAUAAAAGCAGAGUAAUCAUCUGUUUCAGAGGCAAGACCAGCCUGCUUAAGAUUUUUAUGGUGUAAAUAGGUAAAAAUGCCGUCACGUGUUUUUUAAAUUGAUUUUUUUCUUCUUCUUCUGCCAAAUGUACUUGUCUGUUCCAGAUCUACAGGAAUCAGCUAUUUUGUAUAAAAACAAACGUGAUCAUUUUGGUGGUAUACUUAGGUAAAUCCUUAAGUGUUAGAGGACCUGUGAACACACCUGUCAUUGUAUAAUUAAAAAGUAGCUUGUCCAAAGCAUCAAUACACUUUAUAGUGUUUAGUUUUGCAUGUGCAAACGUGAAAACUAAAUGUUUUAGUUGUUCCAUAUCUCCUAAGAGAUGUGUAACAUUGCACACCAUUAGGUACAGUGAGUACCUGUUGUCAUGCUCUUUUACUUUUUGAAGUGAAGCGUUGAUACGCACAUUUAGUGGUUAUAUUUUAGGGCUUUUACUUUUUUUCUUCCAGUUCAUCCCCCCCUAGGAGUAAGGAGUGAUCUUAUGAAAUUUUUUUUUGUUGAUUUUUUUAUUUAAAAAAAAUAAAAAUAAAAACUAUAUUUCUGUAUUCUUGACUGUAACUGGGGAAAACAGGGGGUAAAAAUAACUUUUAUGACCCAUAUUUACUGAGGGACCAAUCAUUGUAUGUAUUUAUUUUUUUCAGUCGGGAAAUAAAGAGUUCAGAAGUGAG